AAGUAUUGUCGUAGAUAACGAAAAAUCCAUAAACAAAAAAUACCAAGACUGGAAACUCGGCGGUCAACUGACGUUUGCCUACAAGCUACGCGGUGUGGUGAAUGUCGUGAACCUAUCGUUGUGUUCGUGUCCGAUGUGUGGUGAAUGUCGUGAAUCUAUAAAUGUGUGCGUGUUAACGUCAUUUAUCAACGUGGUGGCUUUCACAUAUAUUCACAGACAGCACUGUCCACAAAAGGGUUUUGGGGGGAAAGACGUACGAAAUUUUCCAGUCUUGGUAUUUUUUGUUUAUGGAAAAAUCCUUAAACUCGAAUUCGGUUCUUUUCAUGGUAGAAAACUUUUUCAAUAUAAAUGUUUUUAAAACACCUCCAUAUACGAGUACAGAAAACGGACAAAUAGAACGUUUCCACUCUACACUUUCCGAAGUAAUUCGAUGCUUGAAAUCUCAAAACCCACACUUUACAUUUUCAGAACUUCUUGACAAAUCAAUAUUUGAAUAUAAUAAUUCCACUCGACUACAGGCAAAAAACCCAUUGACAUAUUUUUCGCAAGAGAUCUAGCAAAUAAUCCGGAACAACUUGAAAAAGAAAGAGAAAGAACGACACAGAAAAUUAAAGAAAAACAAGACUCCGACUUAGAAUACCAUAACAAAAAGAAAACCGUUGUUAGAGACUUUUUCAUUGGAGAAAUUAUUUACGUAAAAGUCAACAAGAGAUUAGGAAAUAAACUAUCUCCCAAGUAUAGAAAAGAAAUAGUAAAAGAAAAUAAGAACUCAACUGUCGUUACAAAAUCAGGAAAAACCAUACACAAAAGUUUAAUUAAAAAUUAAUUUCCUCUCCUUCCCUUUAAGUUUUUGGUAUACCUCUGUACCACAAAUGCCAGCGUCAAAAUCCUUGACUAUACGAACUCCCAACUCAUAGCCAUCAACUCGGGAAAUGUGAAAGUUCAAACAGGGAACUUCAAACUGAUACAUGUCAUAGACAUGGAUCUUUAUAGAAGAAGCCUGAGUGCUAUCCAGAAAAAAAUACAAGAAUUUUCCAACGUUCCAAAUUCUAACAUUCCUAUGUUCCCAUUCUUAUCCUACGAAAUACAACAAAUACAAACUCACCUCAACCGCCUUUCCCCUAAUCCUCGAUACAAGCGAUCUAUAGAACUAAUUGGUUCAGCAUGGAAAUGGAUCGCAGGAACCCCUGACAAACAUGAUUUCCAAAUAAUAAAUGAAAAAAUAAACAAUGUACUUUCAAAUAAUAAUCAACAAAGAAUAAUUAAUAAUUUACUUUUAGUUAAAAUAAGCGAAAUAAGUAACGCAACAAACGAAAUAAUAAGAAAAUCAGACAUAGAUAUUAAGCAUGAACUAUUCUUAAACUUGAAAUUUAAAUUAGAUAUGUUAAGAGAAGAAAUUAUUAAUAUUGAGUACGCCAUGCAAUGGGCAAAAACUGGUGUAAUAAACACCUAUAUUUUAUCUAAUUCUGAAAUACAAUCAAUCGAACAAAUUAUAAAUGAAGAAAAUAUGCCUUACAACAAUGUAAUAGAAGCAGUUGAAUUUGCCGAUGUAAAAAUAGUCUCAAAUAAUACAUUAUUGUUAUACAUUUUAAGCCUACAUAUUACUAGCCCAGAAACAUGUAACAAAUUAUUAAUUAAACCAGUUAAAAGGCAAAGAAACAUAAUAAAAUUAAAUUAUAAAGAAAUAUUACAAUGUAAAAAAAUUAUGUACAGCAUAACAAAUCAAUGUAAAACUUAUGAUAAACUUUCAAUUUGUAAACAGAAUUCUAUUAUAGAUAUAAGUGAAGAUAAUUGUAUAAGCCAUUUACUAUCAAGCGAAAAACCUUCAUGCAACUACGUAAACAAUCAACACGUCCCACUGUGGGCUAGAACGCUAUUUUAGCUGGAAUUAAUUAAAAAUGGCAACUUCUUCCAAAAUUGAUAAUUUUGGUCUCAUUCGAUAGAUAAAUGGACUAGUUAUAAUUUCUCAUUCAAAGUUGAGGUCAAAACAUUCAUUGGGUACCUAAAAAACACAGUCGAAAGCAAUUUUUCGAAAAUAAAAACAAAAAAGGCCACUUUUUCCUAGCUAGCUAGCCUAUAUGGCUUUAUGUUUUAUAUAAAACUAUGUUCUACAAGAGCAAACUUUUUUCGCUGUAACUCCGAAAUUAUAGGGAGCAAAAUAUUCAGAAAAACCACUUACAAUGAAAAGAAAACGAGUUGAAUGUUUUCAAAUAACGAUUUUUUUAUUUGCAUUAACAUUUUAUAUUCCAUAAUAAGUAAAAACAACUUUUGUUCGCUUCAAUGAUACCAUUUUCGAAUUUGAUGCGUUCAAACUUCAAAGAACCCAUUUUUUGUUUUUUAGACCAAUUUUAUAUGUGUUGAAAAUUUGAAAACCUCAUUUUACAUAAUAACUCGCUUAUUGUUGGUGUUGUUCUUACCAUUAGAAUCGGUUGUGCCAUAAAAUUAUCAUUAUUAUAUCAUUCGACACCAUUUUAAUGCCUUUAAUUGCAAUUUUAGACGAUUUCGAGAAUUUCUAUAAUUAAUUCCAGCUAAAAUAGCGUUCUAGCCCACAGUGCGUCCCUUCCAUAGAAGAAAUCACACCCGAAAUCAUCUUACUUAAUCAGUUCGAUAGCACUAUUGAACUUACAUAAUUCAUUUUAGUAACGCAACCAUCCGAGUUGGACGGUAUAAGUUCUCAGCAUCUGAAAAGACGGAUCAUAACCCCCUGCCCGCAUUACUCCAACCAUCUGCCAAUAAGCCACAUAUCGAAGAACUUUUAUCACUAGAAAUGAUAAGAGAAAUAGAAGCAAACAACACCCUAUACAUCAAGAAAUUAGAGAUAGCAAGCCAAAGAAAAACCAUCUUCAUGUUGUUAUUAUCAACGUUAGCAACCUUAGCAACGAUGUUCGCCUUUUUCAAAAUAAUACGAUCAACAGCAACAUCAUGUAAGAUCUGGAAAAGAGAAGAUCCACAAUAUGAAAUCAUAUCAGUACCAAAACCAGCUGAAAGAACGAAAACAAUAGUAAUUGGAAUUGAAGACAUUGCAAACCACCUAAGGUCAUCGAACGAGGACGUUCGAAUUUAAGGGUGGAGGAGUUAACUCCACAUUUGUUGAAAUAUUUUUGUUGGUCAAGCAUUACCUCUAUAUGGGUUCGAGGUCACCGGAUAUCAAAUGCAUUGCACAAGCCACGAGUGCAAUGACCAACAGCAACAUACUUCUGCCAUACGUUGCAGUCUGGACUGUGUGAAGUAAAAACAACAAAGUCAGCAAAAUACAAAGUGAAGGAAGGUUUCGCUUAGGAAUUAUCCAUUAAGUUAGUUUAGUUAGAAAUUGUAACUCGUAGACGUAAGAAAUAUUAUGAGAAAAUAAAAUAAAAAUAAUUUUUUUUAGUAAAAUAGUUUAAAAUAGUUUAAUUUAUAUAUUUAUUACGUUAUACAUUCUUUCCGGUGGCGGCGGCGGAACUGGGUUGAAAUGGAGCUACUAGUAGAUCCCUUUGACAUUUCUUGUCAAAAGUAAAUUUUUGCUUCAACGCACAAUGCGUUGACCAGUGGACAAAAAUAAAAAAAAUCAAGUUUUUAAUAUAAAGAAAAAUCGGUGCUCAUCAGUCUCCCGGCUUGAGCCCAAAAUCUGUCCCCACUCAUUUGGUGUUCGGCAAAAAUCCUUUGGGUGUGCAGUGCAUAGGGUUUAUGAUGCUAAUUUAAUGUUAUUUUUUCUGAGUUUUUAUUAUUUGUUGGUUAAUUGAAUAUGAUAUAAUAAUCAAUUUGGAGUUUUUGUAUGUUCUUAUUAAAAAACUAAUAAAAAGUUAGGUAUUAUUUAUUCAUUACAACGAAACUAAUACCUACUGCUGUUCAAAAGCAGGGGCGUAUACAGGUUUGCUUCUUGGGGGGGUCAUGCCAAUUUUUUUUUUUUUUUUUUUUUCAAAAGUUUUGAUAGCAGGCAUAAACCUGAAAAUGGGCUUUUUGAAUUAUUAAACAUUAAAAUUUGUGCGUCUUGCAUUUCGAAUCGAAAAGUUCCGAAUGUAGUUCUAAAAAUAACCAAACAAAAACGGUAUGAGAUUCAUUUAAGUUUAGCGUUAAGCCUUAAAGCCUAGAACGCUGCUGAUGUGAAACGAAAUUUUUCGUCGGUCUCCACGAGGACAACGAAUUGCUUGCGAAAUCUGGACCGAAAAAUACUCAAAAAUUGCAAAACAUAAGUGAAAAAAAGCAAACACGCAUCGCAGAAAGACAUGCAAUGACAAAAUGAACAACAAAAACAAACACAAAAAAUCAAAAUGUCAUUUUUCCACACACAAUGAAUGUCCCCGGCAAUUGUUUGUGUGCGAAAAAGAAGUUUAGACUUUCAAUUUCGUUGUGCCGAACAGCGUACUACAGAACGAAAAGUUGAACGAAAUUUUUGGUUUACCAUUUCGUUGUUUCAUUUUUGUAUGGGAAUUUUCGUUUCUUAUCAGCAGCGUACUAGGCUUUAACUUUGACCAAUUGAGGCUAUCCUCUCCUAAAAAUAAAAUGUACUGUACGAGUACUUCGAUUGAAUAAUUUGCCUUAAAACAACUGUUCAUUGUUUUCCGCUAGCCCAGAAAGUUAAAAUAAAAAUCGUUUUUACUUAAUAACAGUUUUAACUUUUGAAUUAAAAGUCUUCCUAACCUCAGGCAAACGAAUCGCAAAGUUUUGUAAAAAAAAUUGCAUUUGAAAAUAUAAUUUUUUUUAAAUUUUGUUUUAAAAUUGAAUGGGAAUUUAAAAUACCUCUAUUAAAAUAGUAAAGACAAAAAAAAUUAUUUUGGCGAUAUUUUCGAAUUCGUCCGUUUUCAGGUAUUAAUCAGCGAUUUACAAUAUAAAAAACAUUCAGUUGUAUUUAUUAGAUUAAGCCCUGCUUUUUCAAUCGUCAGAUAGACUAUCAGAAGAAUAAAUGUCACUAUAAAAAAAAACUUUUAUUCCUAGGAAUAAGCUCUAACUAAGGUUUAUCUAACUAUUCAAAAAAUUAGCCCUAAGUGAUAUUUAAUAAUAAUAUUUAAAUUGCCUUAGAUAAUGUUGCUUACAUUGCUUCUAUAAUUGGCUGGCCAUUGAUGAUUAACAAAUCAAUAGUUGUUUCAAAAAAUGCAACAGAUCUAGCAAAUUUAGUAUUUACAAAAUACUGCUAUAUUCUGUAAGCAAACAAAAUUCACCAAAUUUUAUCAGACGAAUGUAUUGAACUGGAACAUCCACAUCCCCAAAAUAUGGUAAAAUAGUUUGUUUGAAUACCAAAAACUUUUUUUACUUUUAAUUUUCGUUCAUGUUCUAAAAUUUCAACAUUUUGAAAAUAACACCGGCACACAAAAUAAAAAAAGUGUCAUGUACCAGGAACCAGACCUAUCUUUCUAUAUAUUUUUUUGGGGCACGCUGAAUCCGAAUUUCAAGUCCGUUUGACCCUGUCACCCUCCAGUUUUGAGUAAAAUGCAAAAAACUCAAAAAAAGGAAGUUUUUUGCCUUUUUUGGGGUCUUUUUUACAUUUUUCUCAAAACUGGAGGGUGACCGGGCAAAACGGACUUGAAAUUCGGAUUCAGCAGGUCCAAAAACAUAUAGAAAGAUGGGUCUUGUUCCUGGUACAUACAACUUUUUUUUUUGGUGUGCUUUCACUGUCGCGAAAUGUCGCUUACAUCCCCGGCACACAAAAAAAAGUUCCAUGUACCAGGAACCAGACAUAUCUUUCUACAUGUUUUUGGACCCGCUGAAUUCGAAUUUCAAGUCCGUUUUGCCCGAACAACCUUCAGUUUUGAGAAAAAUGAAAAAAACUCCAAAAAAGUCAUAAAAAUCCAAACAAAAUGCAGUCACAGCUCAAAACUGGAGGGUGACCGGGCCAAACGGACUUGAAAUUCGGAUUCAGCGUGCCCAAAAACAUAUAGAAACAUAGGUCUGGUUCCUGGUACAUGACACUUUUUUUAUUUUGUGUGCCGGUGUAAUCUUACUCAAGAGAUUUCAGUAUCACAUACAAAAUUCUUUUUUAAGUUCUGAGUUCUUGGGGGGGGUCAUGACCCCGUGACCCCCCCCCUUGUAUACGCCGUUGUUCAAAAGUGCCCCUUCCAUGUUCAAAACUGCCCCAUACAUGGGGCACUUUUGAACAUAAGAGCCUAUAUUUUUAAAACAUCAAAAUUCAAUAUAAAUAAUUUGUUUAACUAACCAAAUGUUCUUUGAAAUCGAAGUUCAAUGUAACUGUUCAAUGUUAGUAAACUUUACAGAUCAAGAAAACGAACAUAUUUCGUUCAAGCAGUGGCGAAAGCAAAAAGUGUUCAAAUGUGCCCCACUCUCCUCUAUGUAUCAUUAUAAUUUUUAUUUUAAUUUUGUAGGAAUGGAGAACUAUCAAAAAAAAAAAAAAAAAAUACUGUCUUAGGGUUGAAUUUAAAACAUCUGCAAAUUUUUUAAGACAUUUUGCUUGCAGCUCUUAAUCGAUAUUAUUUAAACAUUUAUAAUUUGUUUUGUGAAAUUUAUCAUUUCCGAUGGUUUUUUAUUUAAAGGAUAACAAAUCUUUAAUAUUCUGAUUUUUGUCCACGUCCCCCAUACACUCGACUGUGCAAACGCCGCCGCAAAAGAAGUAUAACUUCUUUUCGCCUAAUUUGACUGUAUUUCUUAUAUGUAGAAAUUAUAUGAGAAUAAUGGGGAUGAAGGAUUUAAUUUUCAUAUCAAAAAGCUAAAUAAAGUAUUUUAUUCGCUCUGUUAUCGCUAGUCUGAUAGAAAAGUAUUUUUUCUAAAAGGUCAUUGAAACAUUAUUUCCAUAAUUAAGGUAAUAUUUUUCGUAAUACAAAGUCUUUUCUAAGAACUACAAUUUGAUUUUAACUGGCCACCUUUUUGUGUUGAAGAUCUACUAUUUUACCUGUACUAUAAGCCUUUUUCGUAAUAAAAAGUCUUUUCUAAGAACUAGAAUUUGAUUUUAACUGGCAACCUUUUUGUAUUGAAGAUUUUAAUACCUAUGGGUGAAUAUUGUAUUGUACCAUUAUUGUCGGUACCAAAAUGAUAGAAAAUAUUGUUAGAAACCCAUUGUACCUACUUACUUUAAUUUUUGAUGUACGACAUACUGGAUCUUAGGUAUUCGCAGAAACUCGAAAAAUCUUAAAAAAUGCAUCAUAUUUGUGCAAAACUCCACUAAUAAGAAUGGUCAAGCGGUGCAAAUUUUUGGUUAAGAUUUGUAUGGUAAGGCCCCUAUUCCAACGCUUUGACUGGACAAUGGAGUAUUUGUAAUAUCAAAUCCUUGUGAUUGUAUGCUAGUUAACGCCCUUAAGUUUAUAAUAAGUAUGUAUAAUGUAGAUAUGCUAAGCUACAAAUACAAAGUGUCCCACAGUCACCACCCCAAAUGAAAACCAUGGAUUCCUGAGGCAAUUUUAAGUCGAAAAACUUAAUAAUUUUAUUUCCCGUUUUCCAGUUUUAUCGGUUUUUCUUUUAACUGACUUUAUCUUUGCCAAACUACGUCUGAUUUGUUAGAUUUUUUAUAAUCAAUCAAGAAUUUAUUACAGUUUUAGUUUGUUGCAAGACUUUUUUUUCAACGGACAACCGUUUCCGAGCAAUUUUGCAUCAAACCCAUUUUUUCACUUUGACAUCAUUUUUUACAAAAACAAAAGAGGUUGUCUGUAAAGCCGGUUUACGGACGAUGAUUUUACGUGAUAACGUCGUCGGAAAACAGGUUGUGUGCUUUUGUUUAAAAUGAAGCGUUUACUUUUGACGUGAAACGUCUUAUAAAUCGAUGAACCAUGGCACCCAACAAAAAAAGUGACGCCAUUUUCUAACGUUACACUCUCGCACUUUCGCAGUGCAGCAAAAAAUUUCAAUUCAAAAUUAAAAAUAAACUAUUAGAGAUACAAAAAUCUUCUAUAGCUUAUUUGAAAGAUAAUAACCUAAAGCUAAAAGGUCCGUCAAGCUGGGUACGCCACAACCGAAAAUCCAAAAUCUGAGUAGGUAUGCAGGAAUUUGUUGCUAAUUUGUUACCCCAAUCUCGAAUUUGUUGCUCCUGCCCUUACCCCUUAAAUCUAUGGCGUACAAAUUCCUGCAUGCUUACAUUUUUGAAAUUUUGAAUUUUAAUUUGUGGCGUACGCAGCUUGACGUCAAGCUGGGUACGCCACAACGCAAAUUUGAAAAUCUAAGUAUGCAGGAAUUUGGAGCUAUUUUGUUGCUAAUUUGUUACCCUAAUCUCGAAUUUGUUGCUCUACGAUUUGACCUUUAAAUUGGCUGAAACAGAUGCAUGAUUUUGAAACUUAAUGAUACAAAGUUAACAAUGCAUAGAUUUAAUACUCUUUGCAGAUUAAUGCUCAAAUCUUGAAUUUGAUGUAAAAACUACCUUAAAAUACUGUUAAAAACUUCCAAAAACAGAAUAAAACGCACUUAAACCAACUAGCUGCAGAUAAUUAAAUGCUUUUUAAAGGCUACGUCAUUUCCAAUAUAGAUAUACAUACAUACCUACUCUUACUCUUUCAUAUUUAAAAACCUUUAAAGCAUGGACCUACCUUCAACCUACUUCACUCCCUUCAAUAAAACGCAAAGUAAAUUUCAACACUCCAACUUGAUUUUUAUGGAUGCUCCUCAAUUCUUAGUUUAAUAAGUGUUAGGUACUGCUACCCAUUUAAUUCCUAUAUUGCCAACAGCUUUUUUGUUCUAUUUUUCCCAGAAGUUAGAUUCCUCAAUUUAAAAAAAAAUUGAGUUUAACGUAUUUUUGCAUCUUCCUAUUUUAAACAUAUUUACUAUAUAGGUAACUUCUUCAAUAUCCUAGAAAAACCCUUAGACAUAUUUUGAAAAUACCCCCAAUUUUUUUCCCUCGCCUCAUUUAAACUUUAAAUUUAUCUCUAUAGGUCUAGUUUUGGAGAGAAGCAUUUCAUUUACUACCACACUAACGACCUCAACUCAAUUUAUGUACCUACUAUUCAUCCAAUCAGAUUAUUGCGAUUUGCGACUUAUUUUUAUAUUAUAAAAACAAACCAAAUACCUACAUAAAAAUGUAUACCUACAUAACAUUAUACUAAAUAAAAAAAAUCACACAUUGAUUUUCUAUUUUCAUAGAAAUAAUCGAGUGUGUAUGCGUUGACUUUAAAUUUGACUCCGCCCCCAACGGUGUGCUUUGAUGAAAAUAAU